AUGCGGUCAACAUCCGCAUUCCUCUUCUCGGUUGUCGCUCUUGUCUGCUCCUCUACCUCAGCAGCAGCCUGGAGCGAUGUCUACGACGUGAAUCUUAUCCCUCGAUCCCCCUUCUCGUUGCUCGACGAUAGGCCCCCCGAGUGUCCGCCAUGCUUCAACUGCCAACUUGACUCCUACAACUGCACCCAUUUUGCGCCUUGCAACAAGUACAACGGCAAGUGCUCUUGCCCGCCGGGCUUUGGAGGCGAUGAUUGCUCGAUUCCGGUCUGCGGAUCGUUGGCGGAUGGCGAGAAUCGUCCACGACGAGAGGGCGAUACUUGCGACUGCAAAGAGGGCUGGUCUGGUAUUAACUGCAAUGUGUGCGAGACCGAUAACGCUUGCAAUGCAAUGAUGCCCGAGGGCGAGGGUGGUCGAUGCUACAAACAGGGUGUCACUGUCAAGGAGAAUUUUCAGAUGUGCGAUGUCAACAACCGAAAGAUUGUCGAUCAGCUCGACGGUCGCAAACCUCAGGUGACUUUUUCGUGCAAAGACGAAGACAAAACUUGUAAUUUUCAAUUCUGGGUCGCUCAGAAAGAGUCUUUCUACUGCGAGCUGGACACGUGCGACUGGGGCAUACAGAACGACUAUGACACGAACACCACCCACUACAAGUGCGAGAAUGCCCACUGCAGCUGCAUCAAGGACAGAUUUCUGUGCGGCGAGAACGGAUCUAUCGAUCUCAGUGACUUUCUCGAUCAAGAAAUUAAAGGUCCAGCCACAUUCUCGACGAAAUCCGAUGCCAAGGGGACCCAAAGCUUCUUUUCUGAACCGGCAAUGAACCAGUUAAUUAGCAGUGUUUUUGGGGACCCCAGCAUCUUCCUGGGCUGCAACUCCGGAGAGUGUCUAUACAAGACCGACGAGCCUGGUUACGAACGACCUAUCAAGAAGAUCAAUACUCCCCUCAUUGCAGGUGUCAUUGCCGGCUGUUCUCUCUUUGUGGUUGCUGUCAUUUUGCUGUUCUGGUAUCUGUCUCGCCGUGCUGCUCGUCGAGGCUACCUACGUUUGUCUCUUUCCGAUGACUCUGAUGACGAAUCUGCUAGACUUUUGGCUGAGCAUCGGCCCGCAGCCCUUUUCUGGGAUAAUGUGUCAUAUUACCUGAACGGGAAAGAAAUCCUCUCGGGAAUCCACGGCUCUUCCGGGCCAGGACAGAUCACCGCCAUCAUGGGUGCAUCUGGUGCAGGGAAAACCACAUUUCUGGACCUACUGGCACGCAAGAACAAGCGCGGUGCGGUGCAUGGCAAUUUCUAUGUCAACGGCGAAAAAAUAGCCGACAGCGAUUUCAAGAGUUUGAUAGGCUUUGUUGAUCAAGAAGACACGAUGCUGCCCACUUUGACGGUUCACGAAACCAUUCUCACCAGUGCUCUUCUCCGGCUUCCUCGUGACAUGAGUCGGGCGUUGAAAGAGCAGAAGGUAUAUGAGGUGGAAAAGCAGCUGGGCAUUUAUCAUAUCAGGGAUCAAUUGAUUGGAUCGGAAGAAGGCAAAGGCCGUGGUAUCUCUGGGGGAGAGAAACGCCGUGUCGGUAUUGCUUGCGAGCUUGUGACUAGCCCGAGUAUUCUGUUUUUGGAUGAGCCUACAAGCGGAUUGGACGCCUAUAACGCAUUCAAUGUAGUUGAAUGUCUUGUGACCUUGGCCAAGACGUACAACCGCACCGUCAUUUUUACUAUUCACCAGCCUCGCUCCAACAUCGUCGCACUGUUUGACAGAUUGAUUCUCCUCGCUCGGGGACGUACGGUCUACUCCGGUCCAUUUUCAAAGUGCCAGCAAUACUUUGACGAAAUCGGAUACUCAUGCCCCCCUGGGUUCAAUAUCGCAGAUUAUCUCGUGGAUUUGACGAUGCAUGCUAGUGAAGCAACUUCGUAUCGUGAUGACAUUGGACCUCUUGCGGAAGCACACAAUGUACCACCAAAGACCGCGUCCAGUAGCCUCAGGGCUGUUAAGUCUGUCGCAAGCGCAUCCAACAUGAGCAUAGAAGAUAAUUCGAGCAUGGCAGCGGAAUCUUCAAAACGGCCAAAGAAUACUCGACGGGUAUCUAUCAAGCAGCAGCAGGAUCGUCAGUUGUAUUCUCGAAAGAAUCACCAGGCACGUCCUGGCACACCGAAGACUGAUGAGGAGGACGCUACACUUGAUGCGGUGGAAAACACUCAGCAAUGGCUUCGACUUCAACGCCAGCCUGGGAACGUUCCCCCGCAAAUUCUCGAUGACCCUGAUCAGCUGCCUCCGCCGGCGCCUGGUCAGACCGAUCUCGAUGUCCUUGUGGCCAGUUACGCCGGUUCAAACAUCAGCCGCGCCGUAGAGGAUGAGAUUAAGUCUGCUAUUCAGUCGGCUCAGACUGCGAACGGCUCUUCUCACUCUCAUCUGGCCAAUGGUUCUGGCAACGGACAGACGGGCUACGCUCGGAUUAGUCUGGGCCGGCAGUUCCUCAUUCUCUCUCAACGCACAUGGCGUAACCUCUAUCGUAACCCCAUGCUGAUGCUUACUCACUACGCCAUCGCUAUACUCCUCGCUGUGCUUUCUGGGUAUCUUUUCUACGGGCUGACGGACGACAUUAAGGGGUUCCAAAACCGACUGGGUCUCUUCUUCUUCAUUUUGGCGUUGUUCGGGUUCAGUACCCUGACAAGCUUGACCGUCUUCUCCACGGAGCGACUCUUGUUUGUUCGGGAGCGGGCUAAUGGAUACUAUCACCCCGUCACAUACUUUGCUGCGAAGGUUGUCUUUGAUAUUGUGCCGCUUCGACUGAUUCCCCCUAUCAUCAUGGGAAUGAUUGUCUACCCCAUGACUGGGCUGAUUCCCGCGUGGCCUGAGUUCUUCCGCUUUAUGUUGGUUCUGGUCCUCUUCAACCUUGCCGCUGCUUGUAUCUGCCUGUUCAUCGGUAUCAUCUUCCGCGACGGCGGCGUGGCAAAUCUGAUUGGCAGUCUUGUGAUGCUGUUCAGUCUUUUGUUUGCCGGUCUUCUUCUCAACCAUGAUGCGAUCCCUGCAUCUGCUUUGUGGUUGCAAAGCCUCUCCAUCUUCCACUACGGGUUUGAGGCCCUUAUCGUCAACGAGGUCACUUUCCUGACAUUGAUCGAUCACAAGUAUGGCUUGGAUAUUGAGGUACCUGGUGCUUCUAUUUUGAGCGCGUUUGGUUUCAACACUCUCGCAUAUUGGCACGAUGUCGUGGGUCUGGCCGUCUUUUCCGGGGCUUUCAUCGUGAUUGCAUAUGCUGCCAUGCAUUUCCUUCUUGUGGAGAAGCGAUAA